CCCAAUAUAUGAGUGCAUGUGUACAAUAUCUUCUCACGUUUACAAGAGGGCUGCUUUGAUUUUUUGCCUGGGCUGCUUUUAAAACGAGUCUGGCCCUGUCGUACACAUAGAAUAGAAAUGUCACAAUAUAAGGUAAUUAAUACACAUAAUUACUACAUGACAUGAGUAGGGUUGCCAUCAGGCAAUUCUGCCCGGUUUUCAUAAUUUGGAUAAGCAGACAGGUGCCAACCAUAACCAUGAGGCUGGUUCAAUAAUUUUAAUAUAUAAAAUAUGGUAUUUCUAGUCAUAUUAAAUUGUAGGUGGGUCCAACACUGUCUACAUGGGCAAUACUACUUGGCCUGGCUCUGGGGUCGCUAGAUUUCAGCGCUGCUAUUGGCCAUUUUCAGAUGAUUUAUCCAUACAAAAUAUAUGGGCUGAAUUGGUUCCAUUUAGGUGAAUGAACACAGCAGAGGUGCAUUCUGGUACUUUGUUACCAACUGAAAUAUUCCAGCACACAACCCCCCGUGCCACAGACAAAUUAAAUCCAUAUUUUGCCGGGUUCUUAGCAAGUUAUUUGAAUAUUAGAAAAUCCAAGCAGCACUAGGACCAUGAAGCUUCUGUCUCCUUGGGGGGAGGAGCCAGAGCAGCAUUUUCUGGCAGUUACACACACAGAACAGGCAGCGAGUUCAGCUUUGUGUGCUAUAAACUGCCACAUGUGAAUGGCAGUGCUCCUGGCAGAGACUCUAGCCACUGGCCCCGGGAUGAAUUGGCCCCAAACUGACUGGUGACAAGAACACUAGGAGCCUGGGAAGCUGAUGUGAGGAUUGGGGGAAGAAUCUGUGGAAAAGGAAGUCCCAGGGAAUCGGGAAGUGAGAGAAGAGGUAGAGAAGUCCCAGAAGCCAAUGAUUGUGAUUCUUUGGAUAAAGACAAGAGACCAUUAGACUGUGCAACUUCUCCAACACCAGCAAAUCCUCACAUUGGAAAGAAACAUCUGUAUCAGACUCAGAAAAAGCUUUAGUACAAUGAGCAUUCCAAAAUCCCAGAAGAAAUGUCCAUCUGUAAGAAAACAAUUCAAAUGCUCAGAAUGUGGGAAAACAUUUGCAGAUAAAACUCACCUUCUUAUUCAUAUGAGAAAUCACACAGGAGAGAAACCAUACAAGUGCACAGAAUGUGGGAAAAGUUUCAGGGUAAGCUGUUCCCUUAGAAAACACCAGCGAAUUCACACAGGAGAGAAACCAUUUGAGUGCACAGAAUGUGGGAAAAGUUUCAGGGCAAGUAGUAACCUUAAAAACCACCAGAGAAUUCACACAGGGGAGAAACCGUACCAAUGUGAAGAAUGUGGUAAAAAAUUUACAACAAAAACCCACCUUCAUUUUCACUUUAGACUUCACACAGCGGAGAAACCAUUUACAUGCACAGAAUGUGGGAAAAGUUUCAGGCUAAAUGAAUACCUUAAAGAACACCAGAGAAUUCACACAGGAGAGAAACCUUUCACAUGCACAGAAUGUGGGAAAGGACUUUCAAGUGAAUACCACCUUCAUGCUCAUCUGAGAACUCACACAGGAGAGAAACCAUUCAUGUGCACAGAAUGUGGGAAAAGUUUCAGCCAAAAUUCAGUCCUUAAAAAACACCAAAGAAUUCACACAGAGGAGAAACCUUUUGCAUGCACAGAAUGUGGGGAAAAAUUUAGGAAAAAAAGCUACCUUGAUGCUCACCUUAGAAUUCACACAAGAGAGAAACUAUUUUCUUGUGCAGAAUGUGGUAAAUGUUUCCUUUCAAAGCGGAAUCUUACCAGACAUUACACAAUUCACACAAGGGAGAAAUCUUUCACUUGUAAAGACUGCGGCAAAAGCUUCUCUACAAAGGACAGACUUUCUUCUCACAUAAGUGUCCAUGUAGGAGAGAAACCUUUUACAUGUACAGAGUCUGGAGAACAUUUCUCUCAUAAGAAAAAUCUUGAACAAAACACACAACUUCACACAGAAGAAAAAACAUUUACAUGUACAGUAUGUGGGAACAUCUUUUCUAAUAAGAGAAAUCGUCUCUACCCCCACACAACUCAUACUGGGGAGAAACCUUUCAUAUGCAGAGAAUGUAAGAAUAUGUCUCACUCCGUUCUUCUCUCAUGCACAGAAUGUGGCAAACAGUUCUCUAAAAAGAAAUACCUUAACAGACACCAGAGAAUUCACAUAAAAAAUGAAACUUUCCCAUGCACAGAAUGUGGCAAAUGUUUCUCUACAAAGAUGUACCUUCGCAAACACCAGAAACGACACACUCGGGGGAGUAACUACACACAUGCAAAAAUUGCGAGGGACAUUUUACAACAAAAACUGACCUUAAAAAACAACUGAGCCUUCA